UAGAAUGUGAAGAGGCUAAGAACAUUUUGUGAUCACCGAUGAAUGUGUUGAAGCUGAAGGCGGUGUCGGAGGAGAACCCUAACGAGACUGUGAAAAGGGAAACGGUGGAUCUCGGAAACGGAAGCGACGUCGUUUACAUUCAGAGGUUAAUACCCUCCGAUCAAUCAUGGAAAUGGUUCCAUUAUCUCGACAAACACAUCCCAUGGACCAGACCCACCAUUCGCGUCUUCGGAAAAUCUUUCCUUCAGCCUCGAGACACAUGUUAUGUUGCAACUCCAGGAUUGACUGAGUUGACUUACAGCGGAUAUCAGCCGCAUGCAUAUUCUUGGGAUGAUUAUCCACCACUUAAAGACAUGCUGGAUGCUGUCCAUAAAGCUCUCCCUGGGAGUAGUUUUAAUAGCUUACUCUUAAAUAGGUACAAUGGUGGUAAUGACUAUGUUGGUUGGCAUUCUGAUGAUGAGAAGCUUUAUGGACCAACGCCUGAAAUUGCGUCUCUAACUUUUGGAUGUGACCGCGACUUUGUUUUGAAGAAGAAGCCAUGUAAAAAAUCCUGUGAUGGAAGUGAUGAACCUGCCAGCAAGAGAUUGAAGAAGGGUAGCCAUGAUGCUGAUCAGCAUACAUUUAGACUUAGGCAUGGAUCCCUUUUGGUGAUGAGAGGCUAUACCCAAAGAGAUUGGAUUCACUCUGUGCCUAAGCGUGCAAAAGCUGAAGCUACACGCAUUAACCUUACCUUUAGGAGGGUUUUUUGAUUGGCUUGAGACCAAAGCAAGUUUGUGGUAAAUCUACUUCUGGCAUUCUAGAAGGUAUCUGUUUUUUUUUCUUUCUUUUUUUUGUGACAGAUUGAUAUGAAAAUUAUAAUUUCGCAACGAGUAAUAUGAUAGUAUGUCUCGAUUUUAUAUUUCAA